GUAGCUUUUGAAAAUGUCUGCCUCUCAUUUCACCGGGCUUACAGCCAUUGCUGAUGUAAUUAAAGAUCUAGACACUCAGAUAGCAGUAUUGACCAAGAAGAAAUUACAAGACUUAGUAAGAGAAGUUGAUCCUAACGAGCAACUGGAUGAAGAUGUAGAGGAGAUGCUGCUGCAGAUUGCUGAUGAUUUUAUCGAGAGUGUAGUGACAGCAGCCUGCCAGCUUGCCCGGCAUCGUAAGUCCAGCACCUUGGAAGUGAAAGAUGUACAGCUGCAUCUAGAACGCCAGUGGAACAUGUGGAUCCCAGGAUUUGGAUCUGAAGAAAUUCGACCCUACAAAAAAGCUUGCACCACAGAAGCUCACAAACAGAGAAUGGCACUGAUCCGGAAAACAACCAAGAAAUAACAAAUGGAAAAAUCAGGGAAUGGACAACAAUGUAUUUGGAGAUACUUGAGCUGAAACCUCAGCCAUCUCAUCUUUGGAAUUUUUUUUUUAAUGCUUUACAGAGAAGCAUAUAUUUUUUAUUAGCAGUGCAGCAAUAUAAUGACUGAGAGGAUCUGCCAAAAGAAUAAAGCCUCCUACCCCAACUUCUGAAUCCUUUCCCCUGCCAUCUCAAAGAAGAGCAAUGUAUCUUCCAGAGAAGAUUUUAUUUGUGGUUUAUUAUAUAAGUGAUUGAAUAUGGGACAAAGCAUUAUGGUCUUGUUUGGUAAGACAGUAUUAGCAGGAUUUGUAGGUUUUGUUUCCUUCUCCCUUCCCCUUUUCCCUGUACUUUGUAAUGUCAGUGUUUAUAUGAAUAUGACGUUGAUUUGCUUUUCCAGAAUAAAGAAGUUAUUAAUUGAAAAACA